AUGUUAUGCCAACUUCACCCCCUCGAGAUUAACCCCAAAACUGGGGAACCAUUCCUCCGGCUUGGAGCACCAUACCAGAAUAUCAUUCUCACCCCACCUCGACAGGGAGAUCAGUCCGUACUCAUACAGCAUAUGAACGAUCCGGCUAUUUACAGAUGGUUAGAGAGACCCCCAGUGCCAUAUCUACCGGAACAUGCGGACACUUGGUUUCAGAUUGUAAAAAAGGAAUCGGAUGCUACUUUGGAAUUUCUACGAAAGAGCACGCAAGAUUUCCCUGAUGGUCCGCUUCAGUUCGUAGAUACAUGCCCUGUGCGGUAUCUGAGGGAAGUCAAAGAGGACGGGACGGACGUCAUCCUGGGAGAUGUGAGUUUUAGAAGAAGUCCAUUCGAGGAGAUACUAGACGAAGUAGAACGGAAGCAAAUGCAGGAAGAUAAUGCGAAAAAGCAAGCAGGCGACCCAACGAUUCAGUAUGCUAUUGGAGACUGGCUUGCUGCGAGCCACCACGGAAGGGGUAUCAUGACUGCAGCGAUCGGUCUCUUGAUGGCCGCUUGGGCAAUUCCUAGGAUGGGAGUCCGCCAUGUUGUAGCGCAUACUUUUGCUGGGAACAUUGGUAGCAACCGAGUUUUUGAGAAGAACGGGUUCGUGAACAGAGGGUUGUUCGACAAUGGGAAGAUAGCUAGAGGCGAGAGGAAGAGUGACAACAUUUUUGACAACCUCCCAGCACUCGCAGCCCCCAAACCUACUGACUUGGGCUCAGAACUCGACCGUUAUCUUAGUACGGACGUGGAACGUGUCACCAACCCUAUCGGUUGGUGGAAUGAAUGUCGCAAAUUGUUCCCCCGGCUGUCAUGCAUGGCAAUUGACUAUCUAACCAUCCCUGAACAUCUAGACGCUUGGGCCCCUACUAUUUUUCUCCUAAUCCUCCUCGUAUCAGCCCUCGCAUCAUACCCUUACCCCGACCUUACCCUUGUCAUCCUCGUCAUCCUCACAUUCCCUUUCGCCCUCUACCUGUCGCUUCAGCAAAGCCAGUACAUUUGGCCGGAUCCUUUCGCUGACGAAGCAUACCCAUGCUCCGUUUCACCACCUGACUGA